AUGGCGCGCGGAAACGACGCUGAAGAGCGCACGCCGCUCUUGCAGUCGGUCGUUACUUCGGCGCCGGAUGUGCACCACCGGCGCGCUCUGGGAGUGCGUGGCGCAAAGCCGGCCGACUAUGUGAUUAGCGUGUUUGAGCCGGAGCACGGCGGGCAGAGCGCGUACGCUGCCGACAACCUCGUGGAUGAUUCCGCGUUCUACCAGAUGGUGGACAAUAUCCGUGCGUCAAUCGACGAGGGGGUACAGCCACGCAUGAUCUCGGUUGGGACGAGUGGCUCGUACUUUGUGCGCGUCCGCGAACGGGACGAUACGCGUAUCGUUGGCGUGUUUAAGCCGAUGGACGAGGAGCCGUACGGCAAUCUCAACCCGAAGCGUGUGUUUCUGCGCAAGUACUUUUGGUGGGCCAUGGGGCGCCCUUGUUUGAUUCCCAACUUUUCCUACCUGUCCGAGGUCGGCGCCUCGUUUCUGGAUGAUCGCCUAGAGCUGGGACUCGUGCCCAAGACGCGCCUAGUGGGCCUUGCAAGCCCCUCCUUUCACUAUCUCUACCGCGACCGCCGCCGGUACGAGCGGGGCCAGGCGCCGCUGCCGAGCAAGAUCGGGUCGCUGCAGCAGUUCCUUGUUGGCUACGAGAACGCAAGCCAGUUCCUGCGCAGGCACUCGCUCCCGGGCCGGCCCCGCGACCUGUUCGAGCGCGACCUGUCAGAGGAGAAUGCGGCGCACCGCCUAAGCCGCCGCAAGGAACGCGCGCGUCUGCGCAUGUGCUUUAUCGCGAUCAAGCGCCUGAUUCUCUGCAGAUACGGCCCGGGGCCGUACGGCAGCCCCGAGGCAGACGAGUGCGAGCAGCGCGAGGCGCCGCCGGCCAUGCAGCUCGACCACGAGGCACAGGCGUACCCGGCCGCGGCGCCAAUGACCACCGGCACGCGGCGCGAUACCUUCCAGUGGACGGCGCGCACAUGGCGCGAGUUCCGCCUCGAGCUCGAGAAGCUCGUCGUGCUCGACUUUUUGAUGCGCAAUACCGACCGCGGCCUGGACAACUUUAUGGUGACCUACGACCCGAAUGCAGGGCCGGACGAGCGCUCGAUCCGUAUCGGCGCGAUUGACAACUCACUCGCAUUCCCGCACCAGCACCCCCGCGGCCUGCGCGACUAUCCCUAUGGCUGGCUCUUUCUGCCGACGAAUCUGAUCGGCGAUGCGUUCUCCGACGAGACACGUAAACUCUUCCUUCCUAAGCUCACCGACCCGGUGUGGUGGGCGACCACGAUCGACGGACUGCGCCGCAUCUUUUCGCAGGACGCACACUUUCACGAGCGCGUCUUUCAGGACCAAAUGGACGUGUUCCGCGGCCAGGGGUACGUCCUGGCCCAGUGCCUGCAGAACAAGGACCAGGGCCCGAUUGAGCUGUGUGCGCUUCCGAAGCAGCUCGUGCGCCAGUCGAUCCGCAUCGUCUUUCCGAGCGAGCUGCGCAAGCACACGGUGGCGGACCUCAGCAAGGGCCGCACGUCCAAGGUCGACGAGCGCCAGGAGCAGGGCGCUGCGCCGCUCGCCAUUCCGACGCCACGCGGCCAGCUUUCCCAGAGGCCGGGCAUCGCGCAUUCGAUGCCGAGCGAUGCCAAGCCGUCGGACAGUGCCGAGGCGCCCGAGCCGCUGGCCAUCGAGGUCGUGGAGCGCAUCAACCAGCUCACCAAGCGCACGAUCCAGCGCAGCAUCACCCCGCCGCCGAAUGCGAUGGCGCGCCCGCUUGCCUCGCGCGCCGCAAGCACCGCCGUCCUGCCCGACACGCGCCCGCACAACGUGUCGCAGCAGAUGCACUCGCUCGACCUUGCUGGAAGCGACACGCCGCCGGCAGACGCCGAGGAUCCUACCCUUCCCCCAGUGCCGGUUCCUGUGCUGGUAGAGCGUCUCGAGACAGAGACACGCCGCCCGUGGAUUUGGUGGUACUAA